AUGGCUAAACUAAGAAGCUUGCAAUCCCUCCUCAAAACCAUCGCGUUACUUGCAGCCAUUUUUCUUCUCAUCCUUGGAUUCGGGUUCGUCCGGUACGGCGACCGUGUGUUACGGACACAGCCCAUCAGCACUGGAAACCUCAAUCCUCCUUCAGAGAGUCGGUAUUCCUUUGUUCUGGUAUCAUUGAAUGCGGAGAGCUUACAAUCAUCAGAGGAAUCGGGUGGCGUGCAUCCUACCAUUCUGUCUGCCACAGCUCCAACCGAUCUGCCAAGGAAAGCCAACGACACUCUGCUUGCGCAAGCAUCACCGUAUAUCCACGCCAUCUUAAAUUCAUCAGAUUCAACUUCUGAUCGCCUGGAGUGUCCAAAGCCGGACCUUGACCGCUAUGCUUACCUAGGGCACCCACCAGAACACUCUGAAGCCCUGCAGCAUCCCAGGUUCUUUUUCGCGCUCGAUCUACAUCAAUGCGUCCACCUGCUUCCACGGUUGCUCGGUUCGAUCGUAGAAACAAUCACGUUUCUCGGUCCAGAGAACUGCGUGCUUUCCAUCGUUGAAGGUCGAUCCAAUGACGGCACCUUCGAAGUCCUUGACAAGCUUCGUCCCAGCCUGGAAGCCCUCGGUGUGACGUACUUCUUGCAAACAAGCAACGUCAAUCCCACGGCCCCAGGAGAGGACCGCAUCGAGGCCCUCGCAGGUUUGCGGAACCUCGCCUUGCAGGACGUUCUCGCUAAUCCAGCGCACUACGAUCCAGACACCACCAUAAUCUUCCUUAACGACAUUGCACUCUGCAUGGAAGACAUUCUGGAGCUCCUGCACCAGCGGAGAUGGCAAGGCGCCGAUCAGACAUGUGCCAUUGACUGGACGUAUGCGGGCGAAAAUCCGACAUUUUACGAUGUCUGGAUCGCGCGCGGCAUGACGGGCGAUUCAUUCUUCAAAAUCCCCGAAGAUGGGAGCUGGGACUUUGCCUGGAAUCUUUUCUGGAAUGACGACAAGGCGCGCACACGGCUUGCUGCUGCAAAGCCCUUACAGGUGUUCGCAUGCUGGAACGGCGUCACCACGUUCACUGCGAAGCCGCUGUUAGAGGGGCGCAUCAGGUUCAGGGCACGUGGACCGGGUGAAUGUUUCCAGGGCGAGCCGAAACUGUUUGCAAAAGACAUGUGGGCGAAGGGACAUGGCAAGAUCGCGGUGGUGCCGAGUGUGAAUGUGGAGUAUAGUGAUGAGGCAGCGAAGAAGAUCAAGGCGCUCAGAGGGUAUGUGGCGAGACAUGCUGCGAACGAAAGAGACGAUGGGAGGAUCGAGUGGGAGACCAAGCCACCGGAGAAGGUGAAGUGUAUGCCGGAUUAUCAGCACCAGACUUUUGUCGAUUGGGAUGAGGGACUGAGGCCGAGAGUCCGGGGGAGGCAGAGAAAGUGA